CACCUACACUCGACAUAUGCAAGCAUUCGGUACUACUGCUAGAGGAGUGGAGAAGAUCGAAGAAAGCAACACCUCGAUACUCAGGAGGCCUGUGACCCUUUUCCAGUUGCUGCGUCAUUUGCAGAAAGGCAGGCGCUGGGAUCUCGAGGUUUUCGAGCUACUGCGGGUUUGUGAAAACGCAGCGCAACUGACGCAAGGACACCGAAAGGUUCUUGACGCAGAUGUAACACUAUCGGAGUACCUUCUCUUGUGGGCGUCGUUAUCCUCCUCCCAGUCGACGAUGUUGAAGACUGGCUGUUCGUUCGAUGAACAACUAGGCAAGAAGACGGCGACGCAAGUACGAGACCAGUUACCACAUCGCGCGCAGUUAGCUUCCUUGGUGUGCGCAGAAGUCGCCGAUCGGAAGCUUGAUGGUAAGAAUAGCAGGACGAAGACAAGCUUCAGCAGCAGUAGUCGUAGCACCUUCCUUGGCCAAGCACUGCUUCAAAGGGUCGAAAAGCUCAGUAAUUUCGAAGUCACAACAUCGAGCCCGCGCGCCAGUACAGACGAGAACUUGCGCGGGAAGAGUUCGACUGCAAAAGUUGGUGUCCCAACGAGAAGUACAUCUGUAGGUGGCUACAACAGUCGCGAAGACGGAAAACGGGAUGACUAUAGAAACUCACGCAACAGGAAAAUCAAAGAAGUACUCGACGAAUCUUCUGUACUUGGAGCAGUUGUCGCACCGUCACCAACAGACCAUAAUGAUGAAAUAGAACAAACUGGUGCUGUUCUCUCCAAGAAAAAUCCAUCUCCUGACUCAAAAGCCACUUACGUUGGUGGAAUCAUUCUCGCUUCGAGGCCCAAGGGUGGGCGCAAAGCUUUUGCUCGAACCGCAGAGGGCAGAGUUGCAUACGACACGCAACAUUUCGCCAUCCACGACCCAAAGGCGGAAUCGAACCACAGUAAGAUGGAUCGCUCUGCGACCAUCUUGGGGACGAAGCGUCGGCAUGUCAAUAACGAAUCCAGCAGAGAGGUCAUUAACACUAAAGAUGUGGAUAUAUUACAGUCAACAUCGUCGAACUCGAAACUGCCGUCGCCGUCAAUACUUGCAGAUGCAGCAGUAGGCAAUAGUCCUCUUCCGCCGAGCGGCGCAAGUAGAAGACAGGAGGGCGAGAACGGAAGCUCGUUGCUGUUACCCUCUGCUACGUCUUUCGGCGGUGCUGCGGGUUUCGCUGACCUAUUCGCAUGCGUCGAUAGAGGAGGCAGAGAUACGCCAGAAGAUGUUGGAAUAGAGCCCUCAACGUCUUCGAAAGAAGGCCCCUUAUUCACGUUGGCGGUGGAAGGAGAUGAUGCCACAACAGCGGAGGGCGAUGCCGACACAGUUUCUGCAGGAGAGUCCGACGAAAUAAGUAGGAGGAACUCUUCCAUCGACGGAGAUGAAAAUAGCACUGUAGGAAGCUCAUGCUCAUCGGAAGAUGCUGACAUCGACGGCGACGAAGUAGCAGCCAUAGUAAAACGUCCAGGGGCUGGAGGUAGAACGCAAGGGAGCGCAUUGCGCGACAAACAGCAGCGCAAAAAGGCGCGCGGGCAGAGGAGACUGCGUGUGGCAUUGGAUGAACAGGUUGCUGAGAACAAGAAAUUCAAGGAAGAACGACGGCAAAAGGAGCAGGCCUCGCUUUUAGACGGGGAUGAAGGGCAAGGUGACGAAAAGGUUGCUGAAAAAAAUCGGAAUAUCCUCGGACAGCCGUUGAGUCGGCCUAUGCGCGAACUGCAAGCACGCAACAUGCAACUCGAGCAAGAAGCACAUGUAGUGGCAACCCAGAAGGCGGAAACGGAAGCUGCGCGUCUAGACUGGCGGCGUCGACGACUGGAGUUGAGGCACCAGAGGAACGAUGCCUUAGAGGCCAUUCGCGUAGAGGAAGCCAUGCUAAUGCGCUUAGGAGGAGUGCUUCCGACACCGACGCAGCUAGCUGCCCAUUUCGAGCGGGAACAGAGCAGGUCGUAUGGCAUGCGAGAUCUUGAUGAUCCUUUGCUGCGGCCUCCAUCAUAUGGUAAUAUGCCAAAUGCGGUCGAGGUACCAGUGGCCGACAAGAACAUAGAAGCUGCUGAUAAACCUACUAGUACUGCGAUGAAAUCUUCAGAGGACGUUGAUGAGCUGCAUAUUCCGAGUAUGGUGCCAAAUGUCACUAGUCACUCAAAUGCUGAGACUGCAGUCGCUGUGCAACGCGUCCGAGCGAAAAAGAUUGACAUCGCUGCCGUACGUGCCAGCACGUCAGCACGCAGUCUGUUGCAGGCUUCUUACGAGCGUGUGCUAGCUUCGUGUGCCGUCAUUGCUCAACGUGAAGAUCUCAGUGCUAAGAAUCUCGGUGAAUCCACGUCUGCAGUUGAUCUCGAACCGGAUCCGGAACCGGAUCAGAGCAUGCAGGGGACAGCGAAACUACCACAAGGUAUCGACACACAAGUAGAGGAUGUUCGUGACAUCGCCGAAGAAGAUGUCCUCGACGGAGGUUUUGUUUCUUCCGCGUCUGACGGAGAUCAUGUAGUGCUUGGUAAUCGCGGCAGCGAAAGCGAAGUCGAACAUGCAGCUUCCGUAAAAAAGCAGCACAACAUCAUGGAGGUGAAGACGAAGAAGAAAUCUUUGCACCCUACAACACGAAGACGGCAGAGUGAUAAGCGUGUUCAGAGUCGAAUACUGGCGUAUCGAAAAGUUUCUCAGCGACAUUUGCUGGCGGAUCGCGUCUUUGUCGCGGCAUAUGACCAGAGUUUCUCCAGAUCGCAAGAAAACGAAGAGGUCGUCCAGUCGAACAUGAAGAAUUUGACAGAAGAUGCGCACCGCGUCAUUAGUUUAGCGCGCACGGACGCUUCGAGCCUGCCGCGCUGUGUUGCUGCAUUCGUUGCACGUGCUUUGUCCAGAAAAGCGCAUCAAUUCGAUGGUGACGAUGCACUUGCAGAUGCGCUGAGUUCCUGGCUUGGACCGUUGGUGGGAGGUUGUCAUAGAACGAGCAACAACAGUCCUGCAGGCAUUGUUCGUCUCCAGCUAAUGCGGCCUGCAGCUGCUCUAAACCGGCACGCGCGAAGGCCGGGAACUAGUGUGCCGCAACCAGGCAGUUCGGAAGUCGACGAGGACGCUCUUGCGCAAACCUGGAUGCAUAUCUUUGGCAGGACGUUGCUUUCAACAUCUUCAGUUUCGGACAGGGACCCGUCCAAAGGUUGGAACAAUACGUUUGACCAGCCUCAGGAGGACUUUUUUCUGGAAGAUCAGCAGGAUUUUUCUGUCACCAACUACACCAGCACCACAGCUCCUACAGCUUCACACGGGUCAAGGUCAACAACUUCGCGCCAGAUGUCACUGCUGCAAACGUCUUCUUCAAAUGCUCCUUCGAGUUCGAUUUCACACAUUUUUAGGACUUCAGUAGUUCUUUUACCAGUGCCAACCACUCCAGUACCUCGUAGCAUUCUGAGUUCUGUGUUUCGGCUCAUGUGUCAAGUGAAGAUCGCAAAGAACGAACUACGGACACUCUGGCUUUUGUUGUGUAAGGGCUCUUUAUUUGGGCAUUGUUUCACACCUUUGCGAAGUUCUUCUCGUGGACAAGAUUUCGUGCGCUCGCUCGUGUUGAAACUAGGCGCUCUCCGGCAUCAUAUGCAGUUUUUCGCGGACCGACUCGAAGAAUACCUGGUCUUCGACGUGUGGAGCGAGUCUUUAUCAGUCUAUCAGGCCAAGGUACGCACAGCAGUUCGAAGACGCUCUUGCGCUAUUAACAUCGCAUUUCAUGGGGCUAAACAAGAGGACACUAAGCAGAAGAGAACACGUGGCAGAAGACACCUUCAAGCGGAAACAAGAACAUCAAAUUAUAUGUCGACGUCCUUCAGAAAAUCAAAAUCUUCCUCGUCCGAUGAAAGGAAAUCUAUCUUCACCCCUCUUCCUCUCGCGCUGGAAAGGUCGGCGCCUGUUCCGCUGGAAAUCGAAUGCGCACAGUUUGAGGGCGACUUCUUUCGUGAGAUUGGCGACAAAAUACUACAUGGUACUCCUACUCAUCAGACACAUCAUGGGUCGUCCUCGUCGUGUCUCUUUGACGCCAUGUUGAAGUUAAUUACGCGUCUUCGCUUCCUCAUCGAGAAAGUGCGGUCCGAGAGCGAACUUUUACGCGGGUCGCUACUGUACCAACUGAAAGAAAUCGAUGCAGCCUUUCACCGCCACAAGAAGGAGCUGAAGGCAAAGCUGCGCGGGCGCGAUGGCGGACGCAGGUCUUGGUUGUAGCAGAGAUGGAUAUAUUGGGUGUAGAGGUGAAGGGGUGGAUCCUGAAUUCACCAUUCUCUGUGAUCCUGGUUGAGAAAGAAACUUGAACUUGGCUUUGCUUCUACGAUUUCGAAAGCACCACUAACUGUUAUAAUAUCUUCGAAGAUCAAUCACAAUCGAUUAUACAACUAUCCAGUAUAAAAAGCUGUGGUCCGAAAU